AUGGCUAGCAUGUCCACUGCAAGCAACCUUCCAUCCCCUGCAUGCUCCUUCUUCACUAACAAGCAAACAAGGAGGCUUCCUCCUUCUCCUCCUCAGCUGGCAGCUGUCAAAACAAACCAUCUCCUGAGAAGGAGGCUGUCAUGCAAAGCUAAUCAUCUGGAUAGGCAAGAGUCUAAUGAUGAUCAUGAUGGUGAUCAUUAUUCUCAUGAAAUGAUGAUGAAGCUGGAUAGGAGAAACAUGCUGAUAACUUUAGGAGGUGCAGGUUUAUAUGGAGCCGCAGCCGCCACGGGCACACCACAUGCAAAGGGACUCCCAAUCCAGGCCCCAGAUAUCUCCAAGUGCGAGCUGGCCGAUGGAGGUGGCAAACCAAUCAACUGCUGCCCUCCCUAUAAGUCCGGUACUAAGAUCAUCGACUUCAAGCUCCCUUCCCACAAUUCACCACUCCGUGUGCGUCCAGCUGCUCAUUUAGUCAACAACGAGUAUCUAAAUAAGUACAGAAGAGCUAUCCAGUUGAUGAGGGAGCUGCCGGCCAGCGACCCACGCAACUUCAUGCAACAAGCCAACGUCCACUGCGCUUACUGUGACGGAGGUUACGACCAGGUCGGUUUCCUAGACCUCGAGCUCCAGAUCCAUAACUGCUGGCUCUUCUUUCCUUGGCACCGCUACUACCUCUACUUUAAUGAGAGAAUCCUUGGCAAGCUCAUUGGGGACGAGACCUUCGCUCUUCCUUACUGGAACUGGGACGCACCAGCCGGUAUGAGGAUGCCUUCCAUCUACACCAAACCAUCAACUUCUCUUUACGAUCCCCUCCGUGACGCCAAGCACCAGCCACCAACCCUGAUAGAUCUUUACUACAAUCUCACUGACCAAAACCUCCCUGAUCAAGAGCAGAUUGACCAGAACCUCACCAUCAUGUACAUGGUAGCUAAUAAAACACCUGAGCUAUUCCUUGGAGCAGCCUAUAGGAGAGGUGAUCAGCCAAGCCCAGGGUCUGGUUCCUUGGAGAACGUUCCUCACGGGCCGGUGCACUUGUGGACUGGUGAUCGUACCCAGCCUAAUAUUGAAGACAUGGGCACAUUCUACUCUGCUGGGAGAGAUCCCAUCUUUUUCGCCCACCAUGGCAACAUUGAUCGACUCUGGUAUAUCUGGCAGACGAAGGUAGCGACGAAGAAUAACACCGGCUUUAAAGACAAGGAUUGGCUCGACGCAGCCUUUCUCUUCUAUGAUGAGAACGCGCAGCUUGUGAGGGUGAGAGUCCGAGACUGUCUGGACAAUAAACUGCUGCGCUACACUUACCAAGAGGUUGAUAUUCCUUGGCUCCGGAAACGACCAACUCCAAAGGCAACACAGGCGGCUGCAAAGUCAGCAUUCACAGAGACAACGUUCCCGUUGACAUUGACAGCAGCCGCCAGCACCACCGUCAGGAGGCCUCGUGUCGGUAGGAGCGAAACGGAGAAGGCAGUGGAGACGGAGGUGCUGGUGGUGGAUGGGAUUCAGUUUCAGGGGGACAAGGCCAUAAAGUUCGACGUUUACAUCAAUUCUCCGGAGUUCGCAGGGAUCGGGCCAAGCGCGAGCGAGUUCGUCGGGAGCUCGCACAUGCACGUGGCCAGGGAGACGACGGUUAUGACAACGAGGCUGAAGUUGAGCAUCACGGAGGCUCUUGAUGAUCUUGGUGUGGAUGGGGAUGAGAAUAUCAUCAUCACAGUGGUGCCGAGGGCAGGUAGUGAGAACCUCAAAAUCGGAGGACUUAGCAUCGACUUCUCUUCCUCAGCGUGA